AUGUAUGGAGGAGACGAAGUCUCGGCUAUCGUGCUGGAUGUUGGAUACACAAGCUGCAAGGCUGGUUUUGCGGGCGAAGACAACCCCAAGGCAGUUUUCCCGACGGCUGUGGGUGUCGUUCGCAGUGGCAAGGAUGGAGUGGUGGGAAAGGGACCGGCGGCUCCUGGGGAGAAGAUGGAUGUGGAUCCUCCAGCAGCAGGGGCACCAGCGGCAGCGGCGGCGGCAGCAGGGACAACAGCAGGGACAGAGGAGGUCAAGUACAAUAUCGGAACACAAGCCUUGAGCAUUCGAAAGGACUUUAUGGAUAUUGAGAACCCAAUUCAAGAUGUCAAGGAUUGGGAUCUUGCACAGAAACUUUGGGAUCAUGCGUUCAAAGAUCGACUGAGAAUAGUCCCGGAAGAGCACCCGAUGCUCUUGGCUGAGCCAUCGUUCAACAGCAACGAGUGCCGAGAGAAGCUUCUUGAGAUCAUGUUCGAGCACUACAAGGUACCAGCGGUCUUCAUCUCUAAGAAUGCGGUGCUGUCUUCUUUCUCGUGUGGGAGAUCAACUGCCGUUGUUCUCGAUUCCGGAGGUGGAGCGACGUGUGUUGCUCCCGUUCAUGAAGGCUAUGUCCUGCAAAAAGCCAUUGUCCGAUCUCCUUUCAGCGGGGAGAAGUUGACAGAGUACUUGCUGAGUGUGCUGGAAGGGAAGGGAACCAACGUCCGUCCUCCUUACAUGCUCAACAAGAAGAUUGGCAAGGACGGAACGAUCGCCAGCGUAACUGAGAUCACCGGGCUCGAGAACAUCCGGCCGUCGUUCAAGCGCUACAUGCAGAAGACCAUCAUCAAUGACCUCAAGGAAACCGUCUGCCGCACUUCCGAAACUGUUUUUGAUGAGAGCUCAAAUGCUCAAAUUCCUUUUGCUCAAUACGAAUUGCCGGACGGGAAAGUGAUCGAUGUGGGUGCAGAGAGAUUCAAGGCGGACAAGUGCAGCAUCUUCGGGGUCAACUCUCCGUCAGAACUGCAGGCGCUGCAUGAUUGCAUCAACGAGAGUGUCGGAAAAUGUGACUCUGACAUCAAGAAAGAUCUCUACGGAACUGUGAUAGUAACGGGAGGCAACACCUUGUUCCCCAUGUUCAAGGAGAGGCUGGAGCGAGAGCUGGCCGAGUCCAUUAGCCUUCUCAAGGUCAAGACCAUCUCCCCCAUGGCAACGACAGAAAGGAGGUUCAGCGUCUGGAUCGGCGGUUCCAUCCUGGCGUCCCUCGGCUCCUUCCAACAGAUGUGGAUAUCCAAGAAGCAGUGGUCGGAGGAGGGCGUCAGAAUCGUUCACUCCCAGUGCCCCUGA